CACUAAAACAUUCUGGAAAGAAGUGGGAAGUCUUGGGGAUGCUGCCUGGGAGUCACCCAACUCUACUCCCAACCCAUAUCAAAAUACACCCAGGCUUGGCUUCAAGCCAAGCCUGGAAAUGUACCUACUCUCACAAAAAAAAGCAUACACUAUCCUAGCACACUAUAGGGUGCUACGCAUAUGUAAUGAGCAGAGCCCCAUUUGUGUUAACAAUUACAAUGUAAACAUAGACGCUUGGGUAUAAUACUUGGCAUAUACAAAAUUGCAGUUUCAAAAAAUAAAAUAUGCUUGUGUGCUUUUUAAUCAGUUUGUUAUACCUAAGGGCUGCUGAUCUCAUGCAACCUCUUUGCACCAGCUUCAUGUCUACAUGCAUUCACUCUAGUGAUGGCUGCAUGAGGGGUUUUCCUGAUGGGACAACCAUGACAUAUACUUUUAGGGCUGGCAUUGGCAGGUAUUUUUUAAUGAUAGUUGCAUAUUUUGAUAGCAUUUUUAAACUUAUAUGAUGUUUUAGUGAUUGAGUUCUUCUGUAUUCAUAGCUAAUAUGCUAUUAAAUAAUAAAAUACGUUGAUACUGAUCCCAUGUUAAAUGUAUAUACUGUAAAUAAACUUGCUAAUAGGCAAGAACAGUCUUUUAAUAGAAAAAAAUAUAAAGAAAGGUGUAAAAAAAAACAGAGAAGGUCUAUCCAGUCGUCAGUACUCAUUUCUUGCAACCUUUUCAAUGUAAAACAUUGUGUAAAACAUGCACAAUGGGUUAAAAAUAACUGAAACAGCACAUAAAUGCCAAUCAAUACACCCAUCACAGCAGGUUCUUCUUUACCACACGGUUAAAGCUGUAACACCAAAUCAAUAGAACUGAUCGUGGAUUAGGUUGCUGCCGUGUUUACCUUUUAAAUUCUGGUAUGGGUCAUCUAGGUUCCUUUAUUGAAUUUCUAAAAGGAUAGAGUUAAAAACUCGGGGCUUAUUGAUUUUAGGAUUUUCAGUAGCCCCUUGUCUCACUUCGGCUUUAUUCCUCGAGAUGUCAUGUAAAGUAUCACCAAUCAUAUGUCACACUAAAUAUGAUCCUGCAAAGUUAUAGGCCCAACUUAAACCAAGACAGGAUUGGGGUCUGCCACUGCUUGUGUUGUGUCUCUAAUACCCCCUGCUACCUGUCUGAGCAGCCAUCUACCCUGGGAUUUAGCAGUGGCUCAUAGAUUAGGACCUUAAACUGUUACAAAUCUCUUUUCCAACAUGUUUGGCUGCUGUGUGGCAUGGCUGAUAUAAAUAGGUCCUUAGCACAGAAGUUGCUGCUCCAAAUCGUACUCUAGGUGCUUAGCUUUGAGGCAGAUUUCAGCCACUGCUUGAUAUUCAUUUGUUGUUUUUUUUUUUCUCCCUCCACUCUAUGCAUGUGUGUGUGUGUGUGUGUGUAGUGUCUGUGUAAAGUAGAGGCUGGUUCUGGAAAAUCAAAAUGAACUACUGCAUUCAAGAAAUGUACGAUAUGCCCCAGCCUGCUGUUAACACCUACUGCAUGCAGCCCGCAGAAUAUUGCACUUAUAUCGAAGAUAGUCAGAACUACAGUUCUUGUGAGGCUCAUGUCCUACACAGCAAUAAUAUAUAUAUGGAUCAGGCCUGGGCGGUGAAUCAGGCUUAUACCUCUAGUUACCCUGGAAACAUGUUUAAAAGCGAGUACUCAGAAAUGGACAUGGCCCUGAAUUCAUACAACCAACCAGGGUAUUUCUCUGAGGAAAAAGCAACUUUUGCACAAGGACAGUCUCCGAUGUUCUCACAGAAAAAAGGGUACAUACCCAGCUAUUUAGAUAAAGAUGAACUGUGCGUGGUGUGUGGAGACAAGGCUACAGGGUAUCAUUAUAGAUGCAUCACCUGUGAAGGAUGCAAGGGCUUUUUCAGGAGAACUAUUCAGAAAAAUCUUCACCCAAGCUAUUCCUGUAAAUAUGAAGGAAAAUGCGUGAUAGACAAAGUAACAAGGAACCAGUGCCAAGAAUGUCGUUUCAAAAAGUGCAUCGCUGUUGGCAUGGCAACAGAUUUGGUUUUGGACGACAGUAAGCGUUUGGCAAAAAGAAAACUCAUAGAAGAAAACAGAGAAAAGAGACGCAAAGACGAACUACAGAAGACACUGGUACAAAAACCAGAACCAACACCAGAGGAGUGGGAGCUAAUACAGGUUGUCACUGAAGCUCAUGUGGCCACAAAUGCACAGGGAAGUCACUGGAAACAGAAACGAAAAUUUUUGCCAGAAGAUAUCGGGCAGGCUCCUAUAGUUAAUGCACCGGAGGGUGGAAAAGUGGACUUAGAAGCUUUCAGCCAGUUUACAAAAAUAAUCACCCCAGCAAUUACACGAGUGGUUGAUUUUGCCAAAAAAUUACCUAUGUUUUGUGAGCUGCCAUGUGAAGAUCAGAUCAUCCUUCUCAAAGGCUGUUGCAUGGAGAUCAUGUCCCUCCGAGCUGCAGUGCGCUAUGAUCCUGAAAGUGAGACCUUAACGCUGAAUGGGGAAAUGGCAGUGACAAGGGGACAGCUGAAAAAUGGAGGACUAGGAGUGGUAUCUGAUGCCAUUUUUGAUUUGGGUGUAUCGCUAUCUUCAUUUAACCUUGACGAUACCGAAGUCGCCUUGUUGCAGGCUGUGCUACUUAUGUCAUCAGAUCGUCCUGGUCUCUCCAGUGUGGAAAGAAUAGAGAAGUGCCAAGAAGGUUUCCUCUUGGCUUUUGAACACUACAUUAAUUACAGGAAACACAACGUUGCACACUUUUGGCCAAAACUGCUGAUGAAAGUCACCGACCUCCGCAUGAUUGGAGCCUGCCAUGCCAGCAGGUUCUUGCACAUGAAAGUGGAGUGCCCCACUGAACUGUUCCCCCCACUUUUCUUGGAAGUGUUUGAGGAUUAGAAGAGACUGUGCUUCAGGAUUCUUGGCACUACUGGGGUCACCCCUUCCAUUCCAUUGCCUCCGUCACUUUUUUUGUUCUCGUCCGUUCUGAAUAGACAUGGAUGAAAAUGUUCCUCUGAUGCGGGUACUCGUGACUAUCGUGUUUUUGUUAUUCUGUCCUUUUGAUGUGAAGUUUAUCCGUGGAAGUUUAACCUCUUUCGUGCUGAAGUGGCCAUCAAAAUGGUCCUUCCCAUUAUAAAGUGGUUAUUGUAUAAAAAAAGAAAAAAAAAAGAAAAAAUAUAUAUUAACUUGCAUUCACCAGCACUACGGAUCCUACACAGAAAAGGUAUUCUCAGAUAUUGUGCCUGCGGCUAAAAUCCCUACCAACCGUCACCGUUCAUUAUCACUCAGUGGUGCAGUAUAAGCAGUAAUAAUCACUCACUGCUGCAAAUGUUCCUCUUAGAACAAGGCAAAUAUUUGGUUUUAUCACUAGAUGAUAUUUUUUUAAUUUAUUUUUUUAAAGAAACAAACAAUGAAGCCCCUUAUCUGGCACCAUAUGCAACCAGGCAUGGGGAGAAAUUGGCUUGGCAGCAUGAUUUCAGAUUGGUUUAUAGUUAGAGAUUUUAAGCCUGGUAAAAUUCUAAACAAUCAUACCUUUAUACUUAAGAACAGAAAAGGAUAAUCCUGAAAAGAAUGUAUUUUUUUACUCUAGCUUCCCUUUUCCAAUAUGCUUUUUUUUUUUAUCUGAAAGAUAUGAGCUAAGCUGACUGGACGUUUAAGUAUAAUAGUACGUUGCUCACUCUUGUGUUAUAUAGUUGGUGUUAAUAGGACAACUGUACAGAACUAGCUUCUCGAUUCUGCACAUUCCCUUCUCAGGUAUUUGGAAGUAAACCUCUUGGGAUUCCAUUAUUGUUUCGCCAUUUUGAUAAUCCCUACAAUUCUUCAUAAAUUACUUUGGUAUGUGUCAUUGUCAUGUGCCUCAACUCACAUGACAAUAACACAACAUUUUACAAUUUGGUAACGUCACACUGUUGUACUCUCAAGGGCCAUAACUUAAUGGUAUAUAAACUCCUGAACUGUGAUAUAUAUCUAUAUUUCAUUCUGUUCUACCUCCUUCAUUAUCCAUACAUUGACAGUGCCUAGUAAAGAAGCAGUGAUAAUAAAGCCAAUUAUUUUGUCCAGUCUACAUUGCUUAAGUGCCACAUAUCCCUCCAGUUAAUCAGCAUGUUCUCAUUGAACCUCAGCAAGUGUAUUCAUAUUAACAAUUCAGGGUUCCAUGCUAUGCCAGGUUAUUUUUUUUGCCAGACAUAUAUUUUUUUAAAAGAAAGGCUGGCAUAUCAACAAAUAACAUAUGCACAAUAGUUCCCUAGAUAUAGAGUACAGAACCAAAACAAUGCAUUAUAUAUUGUAUCAUUGGUACAUGUUUUGCAGUAGAGAAGUAGAGAGUUUAUAUUCAUUAAAAAUGUAAAAUAAAGUUAUAUUUUUUAACAGCAGCAUAUACCAUGUCUGGUAGGCAGUGGCACCAGAUAGAUAGAAGCAGAGUCAUGUGCCUUUAUUAAAUUACCUAUUUGUCCCAAUAGACAUAUAAGAAAAGUAAUUUUGGUAUUAUAACCAUAUUACUGAUAUUAGCCUUACUGGCUAAACAAAUUGCUACAUUUGUCUUUUUUUUUUUUUUCAAAAUUAGGCUUAAAUUCUACAAUAGAUGGUUGGAAUUUAUUAAUGAUUUAGUCAACAUAAAUUAUGAUCACUUGGCCUUUAAAACACACCAAUGAACACGAAAACACCUUGACUUCUUACAUACACAGAGAUUCUUGAUUGUUUGUUUUUUGUCUCUUAAACUUUAAUGUGUUAUCCUAUAUAUGGAGAUUUUAUGUCACAUAGAUUUGAUAACAUAGAGAAUGAUUCAGAAGAUGGGUUUUGGUGUAAUUCUCUGUCAAGGCCUUCCACUGGAAUACUGAUGACUGAGUUGAUGUGUAGUGAAAAUGGAUGUGUCCUGGUUUUCAAUGCUUCUUAAAUUUUCUAUACUUUUCUGUUGCUGUUCUGUUAACUACUUAGAAUCAAUAAGACAUAGGACCAUCAAACUCAACAUUUUUUAUAUAGCUUGAUUUGAAUAAUAAUAGAAAAAUAAGGCUCUCAGUAGUGUAACUAACAUGCAUUAUGACCAUAUGCUGAAACAUUGAUGUUAUCACAACCAAGCUCUGAACAGUUUUCAAGUUUGUUGUGGUGACAUCACCAUCAGCUCACAUAGAAAAGCUCCACACAUCAGUGUUUAUGUCCACAUGUGGACACUUCACUGAUCUCAGAACUUGUGUUGGACCAGCAGAAGUUGCUAGAUACCUUUUAAUUGUGCAAAUGCUAUGGCAAGCAUUUAGACCCUUGGGCCUAUAAGCAGUUACACUUAAUGUGACAUCUGUAUUGCAGAAUUUGGGUUAUGCUGCACUGAUCAGUGACCUUAUUUUCUCCCUUAACUAGGCCCAAAUUGAAAAUUAUUGUUUUUUAAAGGAUAACUCCACUUUUGUGGGGAAAAAAUACAGUGAGUAAAAAAAAAA